AUGAAGGCCUUCGCCAGCUCCGCCGCGUUCAGCGUGGCGUCCCGGCUGGGCGCCCGAAUGCGGAUGCGACGCGCCGAUACGGACAACGAGACGUCUGAGGACAACGUGGAUCGCCAAGCGACGGCGGACUCCUCCGACCUGGAUCCGGGCGCUCUCCGGGCGGGCCGCAGCAGGUCCGUGAUGCACUCGGAGUCCGUUAUCUCUCGCAAGGACAGCCUCCUCUCGGACCUUCCCACGUGGUCCCAGCAGCAUAGCAGCUCCACGCAGGGCAGCCAUUCGCGGACGGCCCUCGGCAAGCCGAAGGCGUUCCAGCAGCGAGGGAGCAGCCGCACCAGUCACAGCUUCCUCGAGAAGCAAGGAUCCGCCACGAUCUCCAGCCUCAGUUCGGACAUCGUGACCAUGACCACGCCCGUCGAGUCAGUCCUGGUCACUAAGAACACUUUCCUGGACUGCAGGCCCAGCUCCGACCCCGCCACCUCCACCACCUCUGUGGAUGCCUCGUCGUCUGGCCUGGGGGAGCUCAGCGGCGCCAGCGAGCAGACGGAUAGCGGCGCCGGCGGCGCAGCGGCGGGAGAGGGCGCCUUCCGUCGGAGGACGAGGGCACAGCGCCGCCGCCAGCAGCGCAAGCAGAUCAAGGAGAGGGGCACGGCCUCCAACCCCUCGCAGGAGGAGGAAGCCUCGGCCUCCUCCUCGCCGCGCGGCGCGCCUCCGCUGAGCAAGCUCCUGCCCGACGGCGGCGGCGCCGAGCCAGGGGCGCAGCCGACUCGCCUGAUCCGCAAGACGGGCCACCGGGGCGGGCCCGCCGCGCUCGGCUCUCCGGGGGGCUCGGGCCCCGGCGGCGGCACCGCGUCGACGAAGAUCUCGCUGUGA